AGGGGCGGCAAGAAUUGGAACACAUUUUAACAUUCUUAUGGAUUGAUUCAGAAUCUGUCAAUGAAGAUGCAGUUCUGAAUAAUGUUGAAGCUAAAAGUUCGGAUAAUACAGAAAAUUUAAGUCCUCAUAAAACUACAUGGACUUAUGAGUCUACAAUGGCUCUGAUUACAUCGGUUGAGUCGAGAUAUGAAGACUUAUUUCAUGUUCAUAAAAAGAAAACUUUUUGGAAUGUAAUUCAUGAGGAGCUGCUGAGCCAAGGACUCAAUUUUCCACCAAAAACAUGCCAAAAAAAAUGGGAGAACUUAGUUAGAACUUAUAAAAGUUCAAAAGAUCUGAAAACUAAGACAGGUCGUGGUCCUACUAAAUUUAUGUUUUUCAAUAGAAUGGAUGAAAUAUUAGGCGAUACACCAACAAAUUCAAGUCCACAUUCGAUUGACGUAUGUAAUAUUUCCCAAGUAGAAAGCACACAUCAGGAUUCUAAUAGUAAUGUGAUUGAAGAAUGUACACCGUCAAUAGGUAAGAGAAAAAGGCAAACCGCUACCAUGCAAUAUAUAACAAUGAAAAAAAGAUAUUUUGAGGCAAAGGAAAAGGAAAAUGCAGAGAAAAGUGAAAGAAAAAUGAGCUACCUGGAAGAAAUGGUAACCUUAAAGAAAGUAAGAAACGAACUGACAAGAAAGAAAUUAGAAUUAGAAGAAAGAAAAGUUGUUGCUCUUGAGAGACUUGCAUUCACAACUGCGACUGAUUAACAUGUUUCAUAUUUAUUGUUUAUAUAUUUAUUAUUAUUUCAUUAGAUUUGUUUUAAAAGGUACCUAUGUGCCAGUGCCAAAAAUAUAAAAAGUGAUGUCAUUUCGACAUGUGAACCUGCUCGGCGAGUAAUGCGAUUCCUUAUGGGCAUCGGGCAAAUUACAUUUCUCGCAUACCUUACCCAUUGUGUGAGUCCAUAUCUUGAAAUAAUGUCAAGUUCUUUAUUUUUGG